AUGUCUACUUCUCACUCUACCGGCUUCCCCAUCACCACCUACUCUGUACCCGGCGAAGCCAACAUGCUAGCCGACGAACGAGUGUCCUUUGCCCGAGGGCAACGACACAACCAGGCUGACGUCUCUGACGCCAUAGAAUUAAUGUCAGCCAAAAACGCCCACGUCUAUCUAUUUCGUGAAACAGAAAAACACUAUCCCGAUGCGUACCACGCUCUUUCUUCCCUAUACACCUUCCUUAACAUAGACCUCGUGGCUGACGAACUCCUGAAAGCCAUAGACUCACUACAUUUGUUGGAAAACGAGCAUUCGCGGCACAACAAUCAGGACUCGAGUAUCUGUCGGGCACUCCGGAUGGAAAAGUUAGUUUUGGAAUCUUUGGAACGACGCUUGAGGAUGAACUCCUUGAGUGGGCAGACGGACGCGGCAAAGGCAUAUUUGGAAUUAGGCGGGAAGAUCUUGCUAACUGAAGCGCGCACACGGAUAGAGCGAGACGGCUAUACGAGUACUCCUCCACCCGGUUUGUCCCGCCGGUCCCCAUUACACCCAGAUCAGAUCAGUGUUACCCCGGAGCUCACCUACCCCACCGCUUCCCCACAACCUCCGCCCACCCAGUUAGCGGAAAAAUACAUUCCCACCGUCCCAACCAGCCCGACCUCACAAGGGUCGAACCCCUCCAGUCCCCGUUCCACUGGGUCGAACCCAGAACCACUACCACCGCAGUCACCUCCGCCUCGACCGGUACCAAACGCCCAAACCCGUCGCCUGACGAAACGACGAGGAGCCCGGCUAGGCCGACAAGAAGUGAUACUCCAGAUCCCCGCCGUCAGAACUCCAUCAAAUCGGCGAUCUUGUACGUCAAAGAGUCCGAAAGACAGUCCGCCUGGCGUAACGCGCAGGCCUGAGACCGGCUCCCCUUCCAAUCCAAUCAACGUAGAUGACGCCGACAUGAUCGACCAAUUGUACGCGGGAACGUACAACCUGGGAGAUGACGAUCCCCCCACUCCCAAAUCCGACACCUCGUCCAAUACCCAACGAAAGUACCACCAAGGUGUUCGCGACAACGCUCCUUACUGUCAAAACUGCGGUUGGAGUGAUCAUCGUACAUAUUAUUGCGAAGCUUACUACUGCCCCGACUGCAAUAGACGCGCACCAGGGCAUAGUUUCAAUUGGUGCCCUAUUCGUAGGGAAAACGAAGAUAGGAUUCUGAUGGAGGGAUUACAUGGAGAUGUCAGCUACGACGACAGCUACAACAUGGAUGGCGAGGGUACCAAAUUUCGGUGA